AUGUCUAACGCAUUAGUGAACCCAAAACCUGAAGAAGAAGAAGAAGAAGAAAUAGAUGUGAAUAUACCUGGACCAUCGAGAAGACGAUCAUCAAAUAGAGCUAUUGGGAAUGCAGACUUUUCAUGUCCUUAUUGUGAAUUUGUUGGAGAUAGUCGAGCAACAACGAAUUUCCACGUUCGACAAGAACAUCCAAAAGGUGGACUUCCUCGGAAAAUUGAUACUAAACCACCAGAAAUGCAAGAAAUCGUAAAACCUGCAAGAGAAACAACAAAACAAUUAAUCGGAACAAGAAAGAAGCCUGAAAAUAUUGCAAGUAAGUUCAUAAUUCUUGAAUAUUUUAUCCGUUUUUUUAAUUCAGAUCCAACUACAAGCGAAAAUAUCAUAUAUCAACAUCAAGAGGAUAAUUUGAUGCAAGAAGAUUAUAUCGAAGUUUCUAAUGAAGUUGAGAUAAAUGAAGAAAUGAAUGAUGACGAAUCUCGAAGAAAAAUAGUCCAACAACAAGUAAAUUCGUAUGUUGUAGAUGUUUCUUCAAUUGGUGAAAACAAAAAGAAGAAUUCGGGAAAAAUCGGUGCACCAAGAAAGAAAACACCUAGUCGCCAAAAAGUCUACGAUCCAAAAAAUCUACCAUUUCGAUUGCGAGUUGGAGAUAUUAAUGGAAAAUAUGCUUGUUAUGUUCAAGAAUGUGAUUGGAAAGGUGGUUAUAGAUCAUUGAGAAUGGAUCAUAUGCGAGCAGUUCAUCCUGAAUGGAAAAUGCCGAGUCGAUAUUUGUUACAACGAAUUUCAAAAGAUGGAGUUUAUAUUGAUCCGGAGAACUAUGUGCCACCUUUUGAAUGUACAGUUGAUGGAUGUGAAUGGCGUGGAAAUUUCAGAGCUUCGAGAUCAGCACAUAUAAAACAAGCACAUCCUGGUUAUUAUGUGGAAAAUAAAAAGAAAACAACACUUGUGAGUUAUCAAUUUUUAUUUUUUUUCAAAUUUAAAUUCAUAAUUUUCAGGGAAGUUAUCAUGCAGAAGGACAAUAUCUUUGUCAUUUAGCAGAAUGUGAUUGGAGAGGAGCAUCUCGAUCAACUCGAGCAACACAUAUGAAAAAAGAACAUCCACAAUUUAGAAUGGAAAAUAUGAGAAGUGCUGUUAUGCUUGAAUGUUUUGCUUGUGGAACCAAUGUACCAACACAAUUUGGUUUGAUAAAUCAUAUUGAAGAAUUUCACGGUCUUGGAAAUCAUGUCGAGCAAGUUUUCGAGAAAAAAUCCGAUUUUUUGGUUUGGAUCGCAACUGUUGAGCGAUUUUAUUCGUGCGAAUUUGCAAAACGAAUUAAAUCGGGUGGAAAAGAAGAUGAGGUUUUGAAGUUUCAAUUAACAUGUUCUUGUCAUGCGCAGAAAAAUGCGGGAUUUAUUACGGUUGCAAGAAAUGUUGCCUAUUCGACAAUUUUUCUGAAAAAACGAGCAGAAAGAAUUAUCACAAGACGCAAAAUUGAUUGUUGUUUAUAUUUGGAUGUGAGUGAGGAUCCGGCAAGUUUGGAUGGUUCGCAAGAGGGAAAAAUUUAUGUGAGAGGAUGUUUGGAGCAUACUGGACAUCGAUGGGGAACACCACUUUUGAGAUCAUCUGUUUUGGAUCGACAAAUGUUUCAAGAAUUUAUGAAUUAUAGAAAUACAAAUCGCAAAGAAAUGUCAAUGCAUACUUUGUUAGAUGUACUUUGCGGUAAGAUUUUGAGAGAAAUAUUGUCGAAAAUGUUUAAUUUUUCCAGAAAUCGAAGGAUUUACAAUUGACAAUAUGGAGCAAGUAAUUGAACAUGAAUCUCCUGUUUCACUUGAUCCAGAAGCUUCAAUUUCUCUGGGCAAAUUAAUCGAAACUGAUGAAGAUCUUAAAAAUUCUACAUGGGGAGCGCAUCUUCCAUCGGAAAAUAGCGAAGGAAAUCAAGAAAAAAUAUCGAUUGGAAUAAUGAGUGAAGAAAUGAAAAGAUAUUGGAAAUCGUAUGGACGAGAUAGAGUUGCAAUUAUUGAUCAAGCAAAUAUUGAAUUAAACAAGUAUUCUUUAAAUGUGUUUUUCGUUUUGGUUUUGGAUAAUUUAUUAUUGCCAAAAGUUGCUUGUGUUUAUAUAACAAGUAUGGAUGGAGAAGAUAACACGGGACAUGAGGAACUUAUCGAAUUUUUGUAUUCUGUGUAAGUUGAUUUAUUUUUCAAAAUCAGUUUUUUUUUUAAAUUAAAAUCCAAUGAUUUUUAGUGAUCCUCAACCACCUCGUGUUUUUGUUUCUGAUCCUUCGCAAAUUUGGAUUGAAAUAAUAUCCAAAUUCUGGCCGGAAAUCGAAAUCGAUGUUCAGAUUUCUGAAUGGACACUUUUAGAUUAUUGGGCUGAUGUUAUUGAAAAAGAAAUUCCAAAUCAAUUGGAUCGUUUUCAUUUGAUGUGUGCACUUCGUAGAAUGCUUCGACUUACUGAUAUGCAACAAUUUAUCUAUUUUUGUGUUGAACUUUUCGAAGCUUUACAUGAAGUUGACAAUGAUUCAUUUGCCAAAUUUAUGGAUGUUCAAUUAUCGGAUUCACAAUAUUUCAAAAGAUGGAGCCCAUUACAUCGAAGUGAUCUUACUUCACAUAAUAAUCCAACAUUGUCUUUGGCGUGUCGAUAUUUUAGAGAAAGAUUUUUGAAUCCUCAAGGUUUGCCGAAAAUCGAUCAAUAUGUUGUGGUUUUGAAAAAAAGAAUUGAAGAAUUCAAUCAAUGUAUUGGAUCAGAAACAUAUACAUUGAGACCAUUGGAUCCAAUGAGAAAUAUUUAUUAUCCAACUGCUGUUUAUGAAGAGUAAGUUUUUUGUUGGAAUAUCAGAAAAAUGAUAAAAUUAAAGAUAUUCUACCCAUAAAAAUUAUGUUUUCAGACGAUAUGCGAAAAUAGUUGCUGCUGAUGGAGAAGCUGAUAUACCUGAAGUGUUCACAGAGGAAAUUGUUGAUUAUAAUCAAAUAAUUUAUGAAGAAGUCACAGAACAUCAAGAACAAUUGGAAGCAAUUCCAAAACAACAACAACAACAACCACCUCAUAGAUAUAUUCAUCAUCAACAACAACAUCAAGAAAAUUUGGAAAAACCGUUGGACAAUAUUUUGCAAGAGGAAAAACCGACAACAUCUACAUUAAUUGCUGGAAACAGUGGGCAACAUUGUGAAGAUCAAGUUUUUGAUGAGGAAUUUAUGGAAAAUGUUGGAGGAGACGAAGAAGAAGAAGAAGAAGAAGUGAAUGAAGAUGAGAUGCUUGAAGUUGAGAUUGAAAAAAUGACGAAUGAUGGUGAAGAAAUGAUUGAUGUUGUUGGUGAACCGCCGAGGAAAAUAAUGAGACAUGAAACAACAAAAGCGGUUAUUGGACAGAGGAGACCGAAGGUAAGGCAUUUUGUGAAAGACUGACAUAAUUUUUUUUUGAAAACCUCAUUCAGCAAAUUCAGCUAAAAAUCGUGAAAAUGUGUGUUUUUUUGGAAAAAAUUUCGAGAACGUCUUAAAAUAGUCGAUUUCCCGAUUUUCGAAAUUCCUCCAUCUGGAAUUUCAGGUCUUCAAAAAUUUGUGGAUUCAAUUGACUUGAAUCUCGCAGAAUUUGAAUUUUCCAAAAAUAACUUCACUAUUUGCUUGAAUCUGAUGAAAAAUACCAAUGUAAAACCACGAAUAGCUUCAUUAUUUGCAAAUUGAAAAAAUGUUAUAAUUUCCCGUUUCCGUCUCCGGCACAGUUUCCAAAAUUCCCUGUUUUUCAGAAUCGUAUUCGUCUCAGUCAAUCAACUGAUUUAUCAUCCGCUGAUCGUAUCGCAAUUCGAGAAAUAGCUGCACAUGUUAUAGAUAUAGAUGGGCGAAAAUCAACUGCGAAAUAUCAUCCUUCAACAAUUCCAAUCGGUUCUUCUAUGUAUGGCUCUCAAAUAGUUGAAUUCAAUGACGAUGGAAAACCUGAAGAAGUUUUCGAAGAAAUUGUUGAAGAUGAAGUUGUUGAAGAAUGUGAGGAAAUUGAAAUGGAUCCGAAUCAACCAUCAACAUCAAAUGGACAAGGAUCUUCUGUUAAUUGGUAAUUUUAAUUGAUCUCAAUCUUUAUUUUAUUUUUUGUAAUAGUUUGUAAUUUUUUAUUUUUCACUUUGUUUCUCAUCCUUGAAUAAUAAAGGUUUUAUUAUUAUUUUCAUUUAUUUGUUAUAUUAUAUUUUGAAAAUAUGUGAGUUAAUCAAGCUCUCUAAAUAUCUAAUUAAUUUUUUGGUUGCAAAACUCAAUUUCUAUUUUUUCAGAACAAUGUCAGUUGAAUCGAUUCCACGAGAUUUGCGAGGUUUGCGAGCUUGUCUACUUUGCUCGAUGAUCAAAUCGCUGGAUCAAUUCAUUAUGGAUGGAUGUGAUAAUUGUGAAAGUGCGCUUCAUUUAAAGGGAGACGAUGAAAAAGUGCAGGAUUGUACCAGGUUUGUGGAAAAUUGUAUUUUCAAAAACAAAUUUCAUCUUGGGACACGAAAUUCAGGCAUUUUCAAUAUUCAAAUUUUCAGCCUCAAAAAUUUCGAAAAAAAAAGAAAAAUUUAAAUAAAUUUAAUUAAAACGUGAUAACCUCGUUAAGAAAUUAUUUCUUAUUAUUUUCAAAUAUUUAAUUUUUUAUUUAUUUUUUAAUUCAAAAAAUGUUGUUUUUAGCGCUAAUUUUGAUGGAAUAAUUGCGGCAAUGCACAACGAAGAUUCGUGGGUUUGUAAAUGGCAGGUAUGUUAAUAAAUGUUAAUCUUUAAAUUCUAAUCCCCAAUUCUAUUUUUUCCAGAAAAUCAAUAGAAAAUCAAAAGGAAUCUAUGCAAUCAGUGUGUCUGGAAGUCUUCCAAACAGUGUUAUUAAUGACUUAAAAAGUCUGGGAAUUCGAUAUAAGCCAAGUAUGCGAGACAAUUCGAUUCAAUCCAAAAAAUGA